CCACUGAAUAAAGCAGAGAGGCGACUGCGGUUCGUGUGGUUUUAGCUCAGGAACUUAGAACGGGAACAUGUGAGCAGGGAAUGGACAACUGGAAGCAGGAUUACAAACUACACCGAGAAGCAGGCGGGCUGCCGUAUAGGAGACUCACCGGGACACGGGGGUAGCAGCAGCUUCAAUAAGAAGUCAAGUGCAACACUUUCGAGAAGGCAGACUUUUACGCAGCAGAUCAUACGGAGGAAUACCGAACCAAAGAUGAAUACUAUUGUGUUUAACAAAUUGAGCAACCAGGUCCUCUUCGAUGAGAAGGCGAAGGAGGCCGAGAGGAGCAGUAGAAAUUAUUUAGAGGUAAUAGAUGGACAGCAUCCGGACCUUCAUCCAGACCUGCUAUCAAGCAAUCAUCACGUUAUCAAAGACAACAACGGCAUCAGACACAGGAGGCCUACAGUCUGCAACCUUGACAACUACGUUAUGAAAACAAAAUCUGAAAAGGGCCGUCAGAACGGUGGGAAGGUGCGACACAAGCGCCAGGCUCUACAGGACAUGGCUAGGCCUCUGAAGCAGUGGCUCUACAAACACAGGGACAACCCAUACCCCACUAAGACAGAGAAAAUCCUGCUAGCCCUCAGCUCUCAAAUGACCUUGGUCCAGGUGUCUAACUGGUUUGCCAACGCCAGGCGGCGCCUGAAGAACACAGUGAGACAGCCAGAUCUGAGCUGGGCGCUGCGCAUCAAACUCUACAACAAAUACGUCCAGGGCAACGCAGAGAGACUGAGUGUCAGCAGCGAUGACACCUGCUCAGAAGACGGGGACAACCCUCAGCGGAUGCAGACGAGCGGCGGCGAGUUCAGCAAGCCCAUGUACCAGAGCGUCAUCAAGAAAGAGGGUGCCACCAUGAUGGGGACGGGGCUCCGAGCCGCUGACGCCGCCUCAUUGGCCGAAGACUACGUGACUCCGCCUCCUAAGUACAAGAGCAGCUUGCUUCACCGGUACCUUAACGACUCGCUGAGACACGUGAUGGUGGCCAACGGUGUCAUGGACGCCAGGAAGAGGAACCACUCGGGAUCCUUCAGCUCCAACGAGUACGACGACGAUCUCCUCUCCCCGUCGUCCUCAGAAACCGAGGCAAACUUUGUUUAUCGAGCUGAAACCAUGGACCAUGGAUCAAGUAAAUGUGACAAUGGGGGUGUUGAGAAGGUGCGGGGCAAAGACGAGACGUACUGGAAGGAGAUCAACGCAGCCAUGGCCUUGACUAACCUGGCGCAGGGAAAGGACAGCGGCGGAUCAGGGACGACCAGCUGCAUCAUCCAGAAGUCCUCUCAUAUAUCAGAAGUAAAGACUGUCAAAGUGCCUCUGGUGCAGAAGUACUAGCGCCUAUCACGGAGUCGUCUGUCUCCAACUCAUCUUCCCUUCUGCUCUCUAUGCAACACCAACCUUCCCUCUGAAAAUUCACUUGGAAGAGACAGUCAAAAACAAGAAACAAGUACUCUCUUUUUUCUGUCUGUAAAAAUGCAGCAGAACUGAAGACAUCCUAUUUCGUGUGUGGGUUGUGUUUUGACCUGCAUCACAUGCAUUAGACAGGUGUUGACAUGAUCAUCGUUAGCUGCAUUGUUCAGUUCUGAACGAGACACUUUUGUUAUGUUAACUUAUUUGAUGUAUCUGAAUUUCAUUUUUUUUUAUACUCCGAAAUUUGUAUUGUACUUUUGCCAAAGUGCCUUUUUGGAAGCAAAGCAUCACACCCAUUGUGGUUAAUAAUGUACAGAGUGCCUCUGGGAACAUAAAGGACUAUCUGAAGAGGCAAAAUAAUAUGGUCUUAUAAGCUUCUUCUGUAGGACUCCCUCCCUCCAUGAUAUGUGCCUUACAACGUGAAUGAAUUUAGCUGACCUUAAAUAAUAUCUGUACUGUUCUAAUUUAUCAAGACAGACAAACACACACACACACAAAGCAGUGUGUGACUAAAUUAAAUGAAACUAAACAGACAAUAACUGUGAAUAUAUAGAUAAAGUUCACUCCAGCCAAACACACUAACACCUAGCACUUGAGGGUUAGAAUGGAUAGGAUACCAGCAGAUCCAUUGUGCUGUCGUUAGUCACAACCACCAUCAUGUUUUCCACAGCUCGGCCUUGGGAGUUUUAUUUCUGAGAGGGGAUGGAUCCUUAUCAAGGUUUUUAAACUGGAAAGCGCAAGCAAAUGUUGACCAAGCACCAGCACACAGGCAUGCUCACGUGCACACACACGCAGGCAGACAAGCAGACAGACACACACACACACACACACACGGACGGGAGGUUUAGUCGGCACAGUGCUAUAUCUGUUUAAUCAAAGAGGGCUGUGAACUAAAGGGAUGUUUUCCUGUCUGUUAUCAGUGUAGUAUUAUAUGAAGUGCCGUGUUGCUCCCUUACAUGUUAUCGUUUAGAACAAGGUACGUCAACAGUGUAAAAAAAGACUAGGAGGUCAAUUCAAUCCAACUCGGAUUGCAGUAUUUAUGCAGUGGCUAUUUUUCCAAUGGUCAAAUGAAUUCACAGACUGGUCUUGGGUUAUGUAUAAAAACCUACAACUAUGACCAGGGC